GUGGCGUACAAAACAAAAGUUAUUCCGAAUUGCUCGUGAAAAAAUCCAAAAUCUAUGCUGAAAAAGCGAUCAAUGUUUUCGAAAUAUCCACGAAAAUAUAGGUAGUGAUCCGAGGAUAAUCGUGCGACAGAAAUUUAGCCAAUUUCGUCGGUGUUGGAUGUUGAAAACACCGGUUAAAGUGCGUGAUUUGGUUGAAGAAGUGUCACGGUGUGGUUCAGGAUAUUGAACGCCUGUCUCGUUUUGUGCUCUUGUAUGCCUUCUUGUGCGUCGUAUACAUGCUCAGCAGCAGGUACAGAGCGACACGGUCGACGACGGCUGCUCUUUCCGCUGUUGGUGCUGUUCGACAUUAUUGUCCUACCCAGCGUUGUAGUGAGUGGAGUGGACUUGUGUAUUACCUAAGUUACGAGCGAAGGAGAAGUAUAGUGAAGAUAAAGUUCCUCAGAAAAUGGAUCCACUGGGCGUUGUAGAUCUUACUCACUUGUGGUGGUUUUCGAUGUAGAUUAUCUAGUCGGUGCUGUUUCCGUGUGUGUUGCUACUCGAUAAUCUUCUGUUCACGGUCGCGGUGUGUAGUGCGAGAUAUUGAACGAUCAAGACAACAAAAUGGAUACUACAAUCCAAGUAUAUGGAGAAAAUGCGGCUCUGCCUGGCCAGUCGGUGGUGAAAAUAUGCCGAUUGUGUUGUUCGGAAAACCAAGCGGACCUGAGUUUGCUAUUUCCGGAGGGUACUACGUAUAAAUCUAAUAAAUUACUGCUCAAAAAGAUCUUCGAGUGCACAACUGUACAGAUCGUCAACGAGGGGGACGAUCAGAACGCUAUGAUAUGCCAGGCCUGUAUUGCGAAAAUUGAUGAUUUCUACUCAUAUCGCGAACAGUGCAAAACUAAUGAUGACCGCAUCCGGCAACGACUGCAUAUUGUCCCCGAAAUUACCAUCAAACAGGAAAAAGAUCUGCAGCUGGAGAUUAAUAUCUCUGAGCCAAUCGCAGCCUGUGAGGAUGGAUUUCACCAAGAAGAGUCCUCACAGCCUAGGCCUUCUUCCCACUCGACAACAACGACAGUGAACGAGUUUCAUGGUGCUCCGGAACAGGAACUAGCUGGCAAGGACGGAGAAGAUGACCUGCUGCAGCCCAUGGGCUCAAAAAUGCAUAGCAGUCCUGCUGAUCUAAACCCUCUUCAUACUACCGAUGAGAUUACCAUUAAACGGGAAAUCAUUGUGGAAGAUGAUGAAAUAUACUACAACAGUGACGGUGAAGCUGUAGGUGUGCCAGCGCACUCCAAGGAGUAUCAGCCUCGCAAGCAUCUGCCGGAAGCCGGAAGCAGCAAAAAGUCAAACUAUCGCAUUAUAAUGACCGCCAACAACCGGGAACGGUUGGUCUUUCAAGGAUAUCUGUACUGUCGACAUUUCAGUCGUCGGGAUGGCUCGGUCCAUUGGCGAUGUCGGCUGGGUGGCUGCCAGGCAGCCGUAAAUCUUAACGCUGAUGAUACGAUAACUCAUGCAAACUCGAAUAAACACACCCAUGGUGCGAAUGCCCCAUUCGAGGGUGACUGGGAAGAGGCCUCACAGUCGGUAUCGUUUCCGCCGGAGGGUGAGGAGGAGAUGUCUUUGGUUGAUAGCUUUGGAGAGCAGUUUGGUGAGGACGAGAUGAAUCCAGAUGAUUCGAGCGUAAACUGCUCGGAAUUGAUCAGUGUAAGUGAAGAUACUUUGAAGAUUGUGCCAAACAAGAAGAAAGGUGCAACGCUGGUUCAUCUCGGCUUUAAGUAUUGCAAGCGGUACGUUAAGAUGGACGGGUCGACGUUUUGGAAGUGUCGAUCGAAUAACAACAAGUGUUCGGCUGGUGUGUACGUGUAUCCGGAAGCCAAAGUGAAGUACCAUGGCACGCACAAUCAUGGUAAGGUGCUUGGUGAUGGACAAGACACCGAUAUGGACAAUGCAAUGGAUGAAGGAGUGCUACAGGCGUACACGAUUGUUGAGGACGUGGAGAAUGACGACGACGAUGAUGACGAGCCAGAGCAGGACUAUAACGACGAAAUGGCUGCGCUACUGACGCCCAGUGUCGAAGUGAUGAUGUCGGAUGAGCAAAGGCUUGCAGGACAGGAUUAUGAAAUAACGACGAAUGUAAAGGGGCGCGAGUGCUUGAUUUACGAAGGCCACCAGUAUAGCAAAGAUCGGGAGCGCUAUGAUGGUGCGGUGCUUUGGCGCUGCCGCCGGAAUUAUGACAAGUGUCGGGCGGUAGCUAUCAUUUAUGCCGAUGGGAGGAUCGAAAAGUCCGGUGAACAUCGUCAUGAGACGGACAAACGGUACCUGGAGAGACAGGAACAAGGCAAUGGCAGCCGAAUGUUCCGCAUUACGAAGAACCAAAGAGGAAACGACGCCCUUGUGUUCGAAGGUCACCGUUUCAGCAAGGAGUGGUCUCGGGUGGAUGGUUCGAUUAUCUGGCGAUGUUCGUACAGGAGCGGCAUGUGCCGGGUGAAGGUAGUACUCAACGCCGAAGGCUACAUACAUCGUAUGGGUGUUGAUCACGAGCAUGAUCAUGAACAGACUGAAGCUCCGGUUACGGAAGAGUACUGCGAUGAGGAUGUGGAGAUUGUUGAUGAUCCGCUGAUCACUCCUGUCAGAAGUCAAACGAAAUUGACCCUCCUGCCACCGAUUCAGUGUCCAAACUUUACGGUUGAGCAACAAACCGCAGGUGGUUAUCGUAUAAUCAAGAACCGGAAAGGAUUCGAGGCAUUAGUUUACGACGGAUAUCGGUAUUGCAAGGUACGUGUCCGUCAGGAUGGUUCCAUCAAGUGGUUAUGCAAAAUGAACAAGAAGACCUGCAGAGCGGCGGUCGAUUUGUUCCCAGAUGGAUCGAUUGCCAAAGCUACUGAAUAUGAUCAUAAUCACGAGAGGCCGAACGAUAUGGAUACAAUGGAUGACGACGAGGAGGUAGAGCCAACUGGCCAGGAAAUUACAUACCCAAUUGAUCCUGAGGUGUUUGGUAGUAGCCAGUGGUAUUAUGUCAAGAAUAGCAAGAACGGCAUUAGUAUGAUCCACGCAGGUUAUCGAUACACGAAGAAGUGUGACCGAGUCGAUGGCACUUCACUGUGGCGUUGCUCGGCCUCCCAGAGAGGAUGCAAGGCGGGUGUCAUUCUAUUCCCUAAUGAUACCUUGGCGAUGGUGGAAAACGCGGAGCAUUCACAUAAACCGAGCGAAAAUAUCAAACCCUCGGAUUACGAGCCGGAUUCGGAAGAGCAAGACAAAUCGCAACCGGAAGUAAUCGACAUCAGUGAGCAAGAUGAAGUCGGCAACGAUUCGGAAAUAAAUAUGCACUCGUUACUGCAGACUGUUUUAGGUGGAGAUGACGUCACCUGGAUGGGCGGUGAAGGCGUGAGUGAAGCCGAUAACGAUCAAGGACACGAAUCCGUUUGGCACAAUAGUUCUACCGAUCGGCCGUACCCGCGACCAAAGAAUGGGCCACCGGACUUCAGGAUCAUCAAAAAUCGUCGCAACACGGACAGUUUGGUCCAUCGUGGAUAUCGAUACUGCAAAAUCCGGGACCGGGUGGACGGUUCCAUCCUGUGGACUUGCCAGAUGAACAAAAAGACUUGCAAAGCUUCGGUUAACUUGGCAGUGGAUGGCCGUGUUGAGGUGAUCAAUGCUGGACACAACCACGAGAAAACUGAUCGUGACGAUAUAGGCGGCGGCAGCGGCGGUGGCGCCGAUGUUUCGUAUGAUCAAAAUAUUUCUUAUGACGUCAGCUCUGAUGUGGAUCUUACUAUCGACGAAACAGUGGAAGAAGAACCUCAAGCACCACCACCAAAACAUCCUGACUACUACUACAGUACGAACAAAAGCAAUAAUGAGUGCUUGAUUCACAAAGGCAAUCGUAUGUGUAAGCGGUCCGAACGGCCAGAUGGCACCACGGUAUGGCGAUGUUCGAUGGGUGGAAAUACUUGCAUGGCUGGUGUGCUAAUCCUUGCCGAUGGUACACCGGAGGAAAAUUCCAUCAAGCACAAUCAUCAACCGUUGGUCGAUUUGCCGCCGGAGAUUGAGAGAGUUGCUAAAUCCCUACCGGCGCCAUUGGUGCAACCCAUCAGUGAACCUAGCAAACCGACAGCUUACAAGCGCCAAGGCGAUUCACUCGAAUGGGAUGGUUUCCAGUAUCGUAAGAUCAAAGAACUACCGGAUGGUUGUAUAAUUUGGAUUUGCCACGUAGACAGCUGUCGAGUGGCUGUGAAGAUGCUUCCAACUGGCCAGCUCAAGAUGCUUAGCGAAUCCGAACAUAACCAUACGGUAUCUGGUCAAUCAUUGUCGCAAGUUACUCCUAGUGCUGCUUCGGUUAAACCGUCAUCGUCGACGCCCUCGUCCUCUGAUGGCAAGGGUCGCGCCUAUCGGUUAUUCAAAAACCAAAGAGGUCAAAUGACGCUACUCUACCAAGGGUAUCGCUAUUCCAUCCGCAACAGGAACCAGGACGGAAGUUCGUCGUGGAAAUGUCGAUCGAACAGCAGCUGUCGUGCCAUCAUUUUCCUCAUGCAAGACGAUCGCAUUGUACAGGGUAACAACAAUGCCGAACACAACCAUGGACCCAACUGGGAAUCCACCAAGAAACUCGAAUCCAUCGUACCGACCCGAGUUAACCCAUUGUACGAUUAUCUGAACAUUAUCCCGGGAGGAAGCAACCGACCUUCUCCUGCACCGAAAACGCCGGAUCCAACCAGUAGUGCUUCAACCGUCGCUCAAGCUGCCACUGCGCCCGAUGCAGUCAACUACGGACGAAAUGUUGUCGAGCAUAAGGGAUUCUACUAUCGGUUGAUCGUACGCAAGAAGAAUGGCCGAGAGUACUGGCGAUGUGUUCACUUCAAGAGCCGUUCCUGCCGGGCAGCGCUCUUCUGCAGAGAUAACGGUACGAUUGUGACAUCCAGCAAUGGCAAGGAACACAAUCACAAGGGAGGAGCGGAGGGCAGACCGCUUCCAUCAAACUCGUAUUCAGCAGCGACCAAGCCAUCAUCAUCAAUGGGCUUGCUGGAGGCAGCCAGGUCGGCGAUCCAACCUUCUCCACCGGAUGAGGUGCAGCUUACUGAAUGUGACGAGGAACGCUACAUCGAUCACGGUGAAUACGUGAUCGCCAAAAAUCGCAAAGACCAGAAUACCCUGAUCUACAAGGACCGACGAUACUACCUGUCCUACAAUCGAAGCGAUGGGUCGGCAGUGUGGCGUUGUGCUCACCGGAAGCGCUAUAAAUGCUACGCUUAUGUGAGACUCCGUCCGGAUGGACGCUUGCUGAGUACCGGUGAGCAAGAUCAUUCCCAUACGCUGAAAACCGAGCAAAAUCCUCCGGCUGCCGAAUUGAAACAGGUUAGAAACUACAAAAUCGUCAAGAAUCGUGUUGGAAACGAUAUUUUGAUCCACGAAAAUCACCGCUUCCGACUGAAUUACCAAAGAAAUGACGGAACCACCCACUGGCGAUGCGUUUGGGCCAGAAGUAAUCACUGUUCCGCGGGUGUGUAUCUGUUCGCCAACGGAAUCUUGAAGAAUGCUGCAAAUGAAUCGGCGAUCGUUCACAAUCAUCCUCCACCGAGUCAAGUGCGGAAGGCAGUCGGUGUAAACGCAACUACCGAACCAAAGAUAGCACCGCCUCGAUCCCAGUCAAGUUCAAGCGGUGCAGCCAGUCGAACCAUACCCGAAGACGAAGGAAUCACCGACUUUAGGUUUGCUGAAGAAGGUUCCAACAAGAUACUCACCUGCCGUGGCUACCGCUAUUGGUACACGUGGAUACGUAAGGAUGGCAGCAUUUACUAUCGCUGCGCCGAGGUUAAGAAGCUUCAGUGCCCUAUGGGAAUUUUGCUCCUAUCGAAUGGAAAGCUAGUACGCGCAGGAGAUCAGUGCCAUAAUCAUGAUCCUAGUCGAGAGGAAGGAGAUGAUGAAUUCCUCGGUUUCCCAUUGGAAGUACACAAGCAAACUCCGGAGGAACCACAAACACAAGAGGAAGUGGUGGAACAUUAUUCGCCAUUAGUCAUACCUCAAGGUGGUGAUAGUGACUACAAGAUUGCCAAGACAUCUCGCGGUGAAUCGUUGAUCUACCAGGGAUACCGCUAUUGGGCAAAAAAUCGCUUGGCCAAUGGAAUAGUAUCGCUGUGCUGCACUCGAAAGAAGAUGAAGAAAUGUCCGGCCAUGCUACGGCUGUUGACGAACGGACGGGUGAUAGAUCCGCUCGGUGCCGGCCAUACACAUCCACCAAACAUCGAAGGAGGAGGUGAUAUCACGAUGCAACCAGUCUCGGUCACCGUAACUUCUGUUAAUCCGAAACCAACCAUUGUCCUCAAGGAGCCGGUGAUGGUCAAACCAUCAAUCCCACCGGGACAGCUGCCGGCUUUGACAUUCAAUGAGGAAUCCGAUGACGAUGCCGAGGGAGGUGACGAAUCCAUCAUCGGAUCGAAAAGGUACACUUUCAUGAAGAGUUCCUCGCAGCGUAACUUUAUCGUCUUCGAGAACUACGUGUACGACUUUGAACACAAACAGCACGACGGAUGCGUUUUCUAUCGGUGUAAAACGAGCGAAUCCUGCCCGGCUACGCUGAUGCUGCUUUCCAAUGGCCGCGUAUUGAACCUGGCCGAAUCCCUGCAUACACACGUGAAACCGGAUCUGUCCAUUCUGCGUCCGGUCGGUAGAGGUUCGAAGGAAUUCAAGAUCGUCCAGAACAAAAACGGAAGCAACAUAUUGGUCCACCGUGGCCAUAGGUAUACGACUCCUCGUUCAAAGACUGAUGGAGCUGGCAUUUGGUACUGCCAUACGUACGUACCGGAAAUCAACCGGCGCUGUUACGUUCCGAUCGAACUGCUUCCCAACGGUCGGGUUGCUCCGGUGGGAGACAAACAGCACAGCCACACACCUCCUUUCAAAACGAAGCAAGAGUCCGGGUCUCACGAUUCCAAAGAAGGUAUACCAAAAGCCGAGCAUAGCAAUGGCGCGACUCAUUCCGAAUCCAAAGUAGCCAACAAUCGUAUGUUGCUGCAUGGAGGCCAUCGGUACAAUUUUGCCAACAAACGAGAUGACGGAGCAAUUCUAUGGAAGUGCACUGAAAAGACCUGCAAUGCUUCCAUGUAUCGGUUGACUGAUGGACACAUUGUCAAGGGCCCCGACCAUAACCACGAUCGGAUGGAAGCGCUGGAUAAUUCGUUCAAACGCAAACAUUCGGAAUUGGAAAACAGGCAAACAAAUUCUAGUCCUAUCGUCUCCGAUGGCGAAUCAUCGUCGACACCCGAACCUACGAUGGCCUUUGCAAAAAGGGAAUCUACGUCCACCAAAGGUAACCCAUACAUCGGUAAGCCGAUCAUCUACGAGGGCUAUCGCUACGUAUACUACCUGUCGCGGCGAGAUGGUUCGGAACAUUGGCGCUGCAGUAGGAGAAUUCCGAUGAAGUGUCGUGGAGGAUUGUACAAACUUACUGACGGCACACUGAUCAGUUCCAACGAUGAAGGUCACACUCAUCCACCCGAUCAACUGAACUUGGACGAAUCGAUUCCUUUGCCAUAUACAAUUACGGAAACAUCUGAACAUUCGAUCGAUUCCGCAGAUGUGGAAGAGGUUCCAGAAUCGAGCACCGCGGAACAGACAACGUCUUUUGUUGACGAUGAUGGUUCCUACGACUACGAGCUGAUCGACGUGAAAGGAAAGAAACGCGGAAUGUAUCUUAUCCAUAAAGGUGCCAUGUUUGUCGCCGGUCACACUAGAAGAGACCGGGCUCGAUAUUACCGUUGUCGGACCUUCGCUUGCAAAGUGGCUAUGCUGUUACAUCGAAAUGGGCUACUGAUGCGGUCCAACGAGCACACCCAUGAUUGCCAGAAUGCUAUCAAGACUGAAGACCCUGAGAAGGAAGACGAUGAUGACGAGGAAGAACCUGAUAACAAAAAACAUCGAUUGAGUGAUGAGGAAGAAAGCGUGGAACCAGUGGAAGAGAUGGAACCAAUUGGAGAUGAUGACGAAACAACGGAGGGAAUAGAACAGGGACAAGACUUAGCUACGAAUGUAUCCACGGAAGCUCCAGUGGUGGAAGUGAAACAAGAGCCCACGGAUGCACCUUAGGUCGUACGUACUAACAAUAAUUUGGAGUAUAGGACAUUUAUAGCAUUACACAUGUGUAACUGUAAGGCAGUAGUUCGUCUCUCAUUCACCUAAUAAUAGUUUCGUAAGUAUUUAUCUUAUUGAUGUAUACUUAUUUCGCAAAAGUUGAUGUAAUUUCAUGUAUUUGGACCUGAGAGCAGCAAUAGUCUUAAUGAAAUAUAACAAAAAGUAAAUUAA